AUGCUGCACCAGCCACCGUCAAGACCAGAUGCUGCACCAGCCACCGUCAAGACCAGAUGCUGCACCAGCCACCGUCAAGACCAGAUGCUGCACCAGCCACCGUCAAGACCAGAUGCUGCACCAGCCACCGUCAAGACCAGAUGCUGCACCAGCCACCGUCAAGACCAGAUGCUGCACCAGCCACCGUCAAGACCAGAUGCUGCACCAGCCACCGUCAAGACCAGAUGCUGCACCAGCCACCGUCAAGACCAGAUGCUGCACCAGCCACCGUCAAGACCAGAUGCUGCACCAGCCACCGUCAAGACCAGAUGCUGCACCAGCCACCGUCAAGACCAGAUGCUGCACCAGCCACCGUCAAGACCAGAUGCUGCACCAGCCACCGUCAAGACCAGAUGCUGCACCAGCCACCGUCAAGGCGAGAUGCUGCACCAGCCACCGUCAAGACCAGAUGCUGCACCAGCCACCGUCAAGACCAGAUGCUGCACCAGCCACCGUCAAGACCAGACGCUGCACCAGCCACCGUCAAGACCAGAUGCUGCACCAGCCACCGUCAAGACCAGAUGCUGCACCAGCCACCGUCAAGACCAGAUGCUGCACCAGCCACCGUCAAGACCAGAUGCUGCACCAGCCACCGUCAAGACCAGAUGCUGCACCAGCCACCGUCAAGACCAGAUGCUGCACCAGCCACCGUCAAGGCGAGAUGCUGCACCAGCCACCGUCAAGACCAGAUGCUGCACCAGCCACCGUCAAGACCAGAUGCUGCACCAGCCACCGUCAAGGCGAGAUGCUGCACCAGCCACCGUCAAGACCAGAUGCUGCACCAGCCACCGUCAAGACCAGAUGCUGCACCAGCCACCGUCAAGACCAGAUGCUGCACCAGCCACCGUCAAGACCAGAUGCUGCACCAGCCACCGUCAAGACCAGAUGCUGCACCAGCCACCGUCAAGACCAGAUGCUGCACCAGCCACCGUCAAGACCAGAUGCUGCACCAGCCACCGUCAAGACCAGAUGCUGCACCAGCCACCGUCAAGACCAGAUGCUGCACCAGCCACCAGGAUGCUGCACCAGCCACCAGGAUGCUGCACCAGCCACCAGGAUGCUGCACCAGCCACCAGGAUGCUGCACCAGCCACCAGGAUGCUGCACCAGCCACCAAGAUGCUGUACCAGCCACCAAGAUGCUGCACACGCAGGUCAAGGCAGGUGUUCCCGCCAGAUCAGGCGACCCCAUAACUCAAGCGAUGACGAUAACUACACGACACAUUGCAAAUCAGGCUUGCAAAUGGGUGGCAGAAAGCUAG